CACUUUUACAUCUUAUAAUUCCAAGACUCAACAACAAAACGAUGGCCACUGCUCUGUUCCUCAGAAUCUCUCUAUAUCACACCCUCUCUUUCACCACCAAACCCUUCUCUUUCACUCCCUCUCAUCUCAAUUCCCACUCUUUCUCUCUCAAAGCAGCAAUGAUGGAGGGAAGUGAAAUCACAGAGAAAGAGGAAGUAAGUGUGAUUGAAAAGAGGAAAAUCUUUGUUGCUGGUGCCACGGGAAACACUGGGAAGAGGAUUGUCCAGCAGCUUCUGGCCAAGGGUUUUGCUGUCAAGGCCGGUGUUCGUGACGUUGAUAAGGCGAAAAUAAGCUUUUCUGAUGGCAACCCAGAUCUUCAAUUUGUGAAAGCCGAUGUGACUGAAGGUUCAACAAAGCUAGCUGAGGCUAUAGGUGCCGAUUCAGAUGCUGUAAUAUGUGCCACGGGUUUUCGACCUUCUUUGGAUUUAUUGGCUCCAUGGAAGGUUGAUAAUUUUGGCACGGUAAACCUAGUUGAAGCAUGCCGCAAGCUCGGUGUUAACAGAUUUAUCCUUGUUAGUUCCAUUUUAGUUAAUGGGGCUGCAAUGGGUCAAUUGCUUAAUCCGGCUUACAUUAUUCUCAAUGUGUUUGGACUGACAUUGAUAGCGAAGCUUCAAGCAGAGAAGCAUAUCAGGAAAUCUGGUAUUAACUACACAAUUAUAAGGCCCGGUGGAUUGAGAAAUGACCCUCCAAAUGGAAACAUAGUCAUGGAGCCAGAGGAUACUCUGUAUAAAGGCUCCAUAUCAAGAGAUCAAGUUGCUGAAGUUGCUGCUGAGGCACUGAAUCACCAAGAAGCUUCUUACAAAGUGGUGGAGAUCGUUGCUCGCACUGAAGCUCCCAAGCGUUCAUUUCAGGAACUAUUCGGUUCUAUAAAGCAACAGUAAUUUGCUUGUUCGAAUUCAUUAUGAUAGGGGAACAUUAAAGGAUAUUUUGAUUCAUUAUAUUGUCAUUAUCGUCUUUUAAUUAUGCUGAGGAAAUUUUGUGUUCCUAUGUAUAAUUCUUUUGUUUUCUUGAUCAGUUGAAGCAAUCCUAAUUUUCAAUCAUACUCUGGUUUCCAGUUGAAUUCA